UCAAGGCAAGCCUAUGCUAGUGCUCUUCGAUUCCAACGUCGACCUCAUUCGAUUAGCCCUUUCGGUGAAGUGCGCAUACGGACUUACAAGUGUGUGAAACGUGGGGUUUUUGCAAGGUCUUCAGCUCCCAUUUGAAUUCGAGUCUUUUGGAGAACAGUGGAAUAUCAAGUUUUUCAUUCAUUUUCUGCUUUCUAUCUUUUUCCACAUUACGACCUCGCCAUGGUAUAUACUGAAUAGAAGUAGAGAGAAGAGCUUUAACUAAUAUAUUCAAAGAUCAAACGCAUUCUCAGCUCAGAAACAUGACACUUCUUGUGGAAAGCCCUAUGACUAUCAAUGACCCUGGAAGUGGUGUCUUCAAAAUGCCUCCAUUCCUCUCACGCUCUGAGAAAAAGCCCUGUGUGAAGAAUCCUAAUCAUGUGGUGGGAAGGAAGCACGCGAACAGGACAAAUCAAAAGGAGGCUCAAAGAAAAAACGAACAUGAAACGAGACUUGGUACGUUCACUUCUCUGGAAAAAGACAAGAAUUUCGGUAAUACAGAUGUGAAUGGAACUGAGAGGCAGGGGUACAUUCUUAAAACUCAUGUACGCGAAAAUAUUGAUAAUACGACAGAAAUGAAGUCAAAAAUCAACGAACAGAACGAAGACGUCCACAUGGAGCCACGUGAGGAACCUCAGACCCAGAGAAACCCCUUCGAAACAUCAAAGAUUCACGACUGUCUGUUAUGCUGCACUAAUGGCCACUUCAGAGUGACAGCAGGCCCCUUCAGCGAGUUCGAGUCCAACUGCGGAUGCACGACUCACGGCCUCGUGGACUGGACGACCCGCGUCACGUGGUGCAGUCUCUCCCUUAGACAUCAGUACAAGGUUCACGAAGUUACGAACCUGAGCUCUUACAGAUCCCAAAACGACAAGAGAGUCCUUCCGUUCAGUCGUGUUGGAUUCCAUAAAGUUCAAAGACUAAGGGCCAUCGAUUCUUCUAUUGCUUCUCCUGUCAGCAAUGAAGAUGCACAACAUACAUCAGUAUUAAGAGAGUUACUAGAUACUUCACCACACAUCAAAGAAGAAGCAAAAGAAAUGACACUAAAAUACGAGACAGAGAGGCCGUACGUCUGUCCCCAUUCUGGAUGCAGGCGAUCCUUCUGCCGGAACGAGGAACUGACGCGACACACGAGGAUCCACUCAGGACACCGACCUUUCCUGUGUCUGACCUGCAACCGGCGGUUCGUCCGGCGAGACCACCUGGCGAAGCACGAGCGGACUCACCUUCCCCCGGAUGACAAGCGCACUUACGAGUGUCCGCUGCCCGCCUGCUGCCAUAGGUACACGCGCUCCGACGCCCUCACCCGCCACAUGUGGACGGCGCACCACAUCCGCGCCCGCCAGCCAUCCCGCCCGCGCGUCGCUUCAAGCAGCCCCAGAUCGCAGACUCCGCACGCCCUCAUACAAAGGCGGUGAGAGUAGGAAAGGCGGAGACGAUGGUUAUGUCAUUUUUUGCUUUCCACUCAUUCAUAGUUGGCGCUAUGUAGUUGUUUUCUAUUUUAUGAAUAUUGGUACCUGGGAAAUUCGGAGAAAAAUUGAAAUAGAAUUCAUCACACUACUUGAAUAUCGCUCAGCGGGAGUGGAGCUAAGCUGUUACUCGAGUUUAUUCAACAUUUACUCUAUGCUCACAAGGAAAGGGUUAAUUUCUGUGCUGAUGAGCUCAACGCUUUGACGCCCCUCACCUCUCCCCUUUCAAGCCACCGACCCCCCCCCCCCCCUCCACCAUGCCCUCCACCCCCACCUCCUUCUACCAUGCCCCCAAACCCCCAUCUACCGUGCCCUCAGCCCAGCGA